CCUGCCUCAGCCUCCCCGAGUAGCUGGGACUACACUGUGCCUGGCUGGAAUCUUCAUUUUUAUGAGCAGCCCAGGAGGCUGUAAGGCAGGGUUCUUGGAGCACACUUUAAGCAACACUGCAGUAAGGACUAGAAAUCACACAUUGAAUGCUUAGCAGAAUACCUGGGUGUUUGGUAGGUGCUUGGUGAGUGUUUGCUGAGUGAAUAAAUGAACAGAUGACUGGAUGGAAAACCUUAUUUCCUUGUUCCUUGUCUGGCCUGGGGAAGUGGGACUGGGGUCCAGGUGUGUGGCCAAUCAUCUGGUUCUUGCCUCCCCGCAGGACCCACCUAGAGGGUCAGCCUUUGGAUUGCAGGAGCUGCAUUGGCCUGACUCACCCGCUAUGGAGGACGUGGCUGGGAAUGUCCCAUGUGAACGCUUUGAGGCCAAUGUGCUUACCCAGAGCCGCUGUCAAAACUGCUUCCACCCUGAGGAGGCCCACGGAGCAAGGCACCAGGAGCUCAGGAGCCCUUCCAGUGCUGAAGUGCCCUACUGCGACCUGCCCCGAUGCCCGCCUGCUCCUGAGGACCCGCUCAGCACCUCAAUCUCCGGCUGCCAGUCUGUGGGGGACCUGGGCCUCAGGCCGGGGCCCAAGAGGGGCCUAUCCACAUCGGCAGGGCUCCCCAAAGAGGGCCCCACAGCCGCCCCCAGAAACAGGAGCUGGGAGCUCGAGGCAGUGCCCUAUCUGGAGGACCUGACCUCCUCCCCUUGUGGCAGCUGCAACGAGGGCCCCAACUCUGACGCCAGCUCCAGCCCUGACUGCGACACCCCUGAUGGUACCAGCGACUCGUCCUCUGUGGACUGGGACGCUGUCAAGAGGCGGGAGGAGACCCCCAGCUGGGACAAGCUCACCACCAUGAUCCCGCGGAGGCUGCAGGAGGGGCCGAGAGCUGACAGUGCCCAAAGGGCUCCCUCUCUCCCCACCAGGUCGCCUGCCGGGGGAGACACUGCAGCCCAGAGGAAGGAGGACGCCGGUGGUGGGAGCCGGAGCGCAGGACAGCACUGGGCGAAGCUCCGUGGAGAAAGCGGGUACUUCUCCUUGGAGCGGCACCGGGCAGCACUGACCCCGGCUUCCUCCAUGACACCACAGAGCAGGCCUCAAAGUGCCACCCCCCAGGCUUCCUCUGCCCAGAGGGACAUUGCCCAGGCGUUCUCCACACAACGCAGUACACCCCGAGCCUCCUCUCCUGCCCGAAUCACCCAAAGGGACAAUCCCAGGACAUCAUCCACCCAACAGGACACCCCCAGGGCCUCUCAGUACAGCCCCAGAGCUUCCUCUCCCUCAAGAAUGACCCAACGGGACAACCCCAGAACCUUAUCUACCCAACGAAACAAUCCUCAACUUUCCUCUCCCCCCAGAGCCACCCAGCAAGACAAUCCCAGAACCUCUUCUGCCCAACAGGACAACCCCCAAUCUUCUUUUCCUGCUUGUACUCCCAAACGGGAAAACCCAAGAGCAUCUUAUGCCCAACGGGACAAUCCCAGAUCCUCUUCUCCCAACCGAACCACCCAACGGGCUUUUCCUGCUUGUACUCCCAAACGGGAAAACCCAAGAGCAUCUUAUGCCCAACGGGACAAUCCCAGAUCCUCUUCUCCCAACCGAACCACCCAACGGGAAACCCCCAGAACCUUCUGUGCCCAACAGCACAAUCCCAGAUCCUCAUCUCCCAACAGAACCACCCAAUGGGAAAACUCCAGAAAAUCCUGUACCCAAAGGGACAAUCCCAGAGCCCUUUCUCCCAACAGAACCACACAACAGGAAAACCCCAGAAAAUCAUGUGCCCAAAGGGACAACCCCAGAUCCUCUUCUCCCAACAGAACCACCCAACAGGAAAACCCCAGAAAAUCAUGUGCCCAAAGGAAUAACCCCAGAGCCUCUUCUCCCAACAGAACCACCCAACAGGAAAACCCCAGAACAUCCUGUGCCCAACAGGACAACCCCAGAGCCUCUUCUCCCAACAGAAUCACCCAACGGGAAAACUCCAGAACAUCCUGUGCCCAAAGGAACAACCCUAGAGCCUCUUCUCCCAACAGAACCACACAACAGGAAAACCCCAGAACAUCCUGUGCCCAACAGGACAACCCCAGAGCCUCUUCUCCUAACAGAACCACCCAACGGGAAAACCCCAGAACCUUCUGUGCCCAACAGGACAAUCCCAGAUCCUCUUCUCCCAACAGAACCACCCAAUGGGAAAACUCCAGAAAAUCCUGUACCCAAAGGGACAAUCCCAGAGCUUCUUCUCCCAAUAGAACCACCCAACAGGAAAACCCCAGAACCUUCUGUGCCCAACAGGACAAUCCCAGAUCCUCUUUUCCCAACAGAACCACCCAACGAGAUAACUCCAGAACAUCCUGUGCCCAACGGGACAAUCCCAGAGCCUCCUCUCCCAACAGAACUGCUCAACGGGACAACUCCAGAACUUCUUGUAUCCAAAAGAACACCCCCAGAUCCUCUUCUACCCAACGAGACAAUCCUAAAACCUCUUAUACCAAAUGGGAUAACCUCAGAACUGCUUGUACCCAACGGGACAACCCACGUGCCUCUUCCUUUAAACGGGACAACCCUAGAACCUCCUCCCCUCAAUGCUGCACCCAAAAGGACAAUCCCAGACCAUCAUCUCCCCAUCGCUCUGCUCAACGAAACAACCCCAGGCCUUCCUCUCCCCACCGUACUAACAAAGACAUCCCCUGGGCCUCCUUCCCCCUCCGGCCAACUCAGAGUGAUGGCCCUCGAACCUCUUCCCCAUCUCGCUCUAAGCAAAGCGAGGUUCCCUGGGCAUCCAUUGCCCUCCGGCCAACCCAAGGUGACAGGCCUCAGACCUCAUCUCCCACUAGACCAGCCCGGUGUGACCCACCCCAGUCCUCUGGCCCCACUCAGCACAACUCGCUGUCCCGGGCCACCUCUUCCUCCCACAACCCAGGCCAGCAGAGUGCCUCUCGGACCUCCUCACCUCUGCACCCCGCUCCCCAAGCUGCUCCCCAGACCUCUCCUGAGCCCUCCCAGCCUGCGUGUGCUGUGUGCAUCGGGCACCGGGAUGCCCCUCGAGCCUCUUCGCCUCCUCGUUAUUUGCAACACGACCCCUUCCCCUUCUUCCCAGAACCCCGUGCACCCGAGAGUGAAUCACCCCACCACGACCCCCCCUAUGUACCACCUGCUGUGUGCAUUGGACACAGGGAUGCCCCCCGGGCAUCCUCACCCCCCCGCCAUACCCAGUUUGAUCCCUUCCCCUUCCUCCCAGACACAUCAGAUGCCUCUGAGAACCAGUCCCCCCAACAUGAACCUCCCCAGUUCCCCCCACCUGUGUGCAUCGGGUACCGAGAUGCACCCAGGGCCUCCUCGCCCCCACGCCAGGCCCCAGAGCACUCCCUGCUGUUCCAGGAUCUCCCCAGGGCCAGCACUGAGAGCCUGGUCCCUUCCACGGACUCUCUGCAUGAGCCCCCCCACAUCCCAACUCCUGUGUGCAUUGGGCACCGGGAUGCACCCUCCUUCUCGUCCCCACCACGCCAGGCUCCUGAGCCCUCCCUCUUCUUCCAGGACCCCCCUGGGACUAGUAUGGAGAGCCUGGCCCCCUCCACGGACUCUCUGCAUGGCUCCCCGGUGCUGAUCCCCCAAGUGUGCAUCGGGCACCGGGAUGCACCUCGAGCCUCCUCCCCGCCCCGCCACCCGCCCAGCGAUCUAGCGCUCCUGGCACCCUCACCUCCACCAGGGAGCUCCGGGGGCUCCCGGGGCUCAGCGCCCCCCGGGGAGACCAGGCACAACUUGGAGAGGGAGGAGUACACUGUGCUGGCCGACCUGCCACCACCCAGGAGGCUGGCCCAGAGAGAGCCAGGGCCCCAGGCACAGUGCAGCAACGGCGGCCGCACCCGCAGCCCAGGCCGGGCAGAGGUGGAGCGCCUCUUCGGGCAAGAGCGCAGGAAGUCCGAGGCACCGGGGGCCUUCCAGGCCCGGGACGAGGGACGGUUGCAGCGGCCCAGCCAAGGUCAGAGCCAACUUCUCCGAAGACAGUCCAGCCCUGCCCCCAGCAGGCAGGUGACCAAGCCCCCUGCCAAACAGGCAGAACCAGCCCGGCGGAGCCGAGCAGAGCCCCCUCAUCACAGGAGUCCUGAGAGGCAGUCUGAGGGGGACCGGCGGCUCCAGGGGUCCUCGCUGUCCCCCAGGAUAUCAGCUAGGCCCCCUGAGAGGGAGCCGAGGACAGAGAGACCUCCAGAGAGUGGCCGAGCAGGCCCAAGGCAGCCUCUGGGGGGGUGGCAGAGUCAGGAGGAACUGCCAGGGUCCAGGUGCCCUCACAGGCCCAGGGAGCGGAGCUGGAGUGGCCAGGAGGGCCGGGGCCCUGGAGGCUGGCAAGGACGUGGGGAGCCCAAUCUGGGGGCUGCCAGAGCCUCGGAGGAUUCAUGGAGAGGACCUCCGAGGGAGUGUAGGGAGAGCUGGGGGCAGUCAGAGGCCUGGGGGGAGCCCCCCAAGGAGCCAGCCCGGAGGGCCUGGGGCAGCCUGCAGGAGCUAUCCAGUCCCCACCAGCCUGUGAGCCCCCCAGAAAACUCCUGGGCAGGGCCAGCAGAGUUCUCACACCCCCGGCAGCCUGAGCCAGCCACUGCCAUGGACUGGGGGGCAGAGGGAGCGUGCCCACACCCGCACGGCCCUGAGCGGCAGCCUGAGCUCGACUGGACUGACCUGCUGGGCCUUCUCCGCGCCCCUGGAGAAGGCACGUGGGCCCGUCUCCCGAGGUUGGACUGGGAAGGCCUCCUCGAGCUCCUGCAGGCCCGGCUGCCCCACAAGGACCCUGCUGGACGCCGGGGUGACCCGGCCAAGGCUUCGGGGCCAGAGCCAGGUACCCCAGACACAAAGGGUGCCCUGGAGCAAGAGCAACACAGCCAGCCUGAAGGUUGGGUUGAGGCCACCAUAGUCAAUGGACACAGCCCGGAGCUGCCCAGCCCUGCCUACACCUCCACCCAGUGGCCAAAGACCAAAGUGACAGGUGGACCAGAGACCUCAACUGUGGCCAGCCCCAGACGGCCCAGCUUGCCAGAGCUGGAGUUCCAGCCAGAGGAGCCUGAGGACUCAGAACCAAGCAGAGGCCAAGACUUCCUGACUGAGCAGAAGCAGGCAGACUCGGCAGACAAGAGGCCAGCAGAGGGCAAGGCUGGGAGUCCACUCAAGGGCCGACUGGUGACCUCAUGGCGGAUGCCCGGGGACCGGCCCACGCUGUUCAAUCCGUUCCUGCUGUCUCUGGGGGUCCUCAGGUGGCAAAGGCCCGAUCUGCUCAACUUCAAGAAGGGAUGGAUGUCCAUCUUGGACGAGCCUGGAGAGCCUCCCUCCCCCUCGCUCACCACCACCUCUCCUUCGCAGUGGAAGAAGCAUUGGUUUGUGCUGACGGAUUCAAGCCUCAAGUAUUACAGAGACUCCACCGCUGAGGAGGCCGAUGAGCUGGAUGGCGAGAUCGACCUGCGUUCCUGCACGGACGUCACCGAGUACGCGGUGCAGCGCAACUAUGGCUUCCAGAUCCACACCAAGGACGCUGUCUAUACCUUGUCGGCCAUGACCUCAGGCAUUCGGCGGAACUGGAUCGAGGCUCUCAGGAAGACUGUGCGUCCAGCUUCAGCCCCAGAUGUCACCAAGCUCUCGGACUGUAAUAAGGAGAACUCGCCGCACAGCUACGGCACCCAGAAGGGCCCCCUGAAGGCGGGGGAGCAGCGGGCGUGCUCCGAGGUCAUCGGCCGGGGCGGCCCUCGGAAGGCAGAUGGGCAGCGGCAGUCCUUGGACUACGUGGAGCUCUCCCCGCUGACCCAGGGCUCCCCGCAGCGGGCCCGCACCCCAGCCCGAACUCCUGACCGCCUGGCCAAGCAGGAGGAGCUGGAGCGGGACCUGGCCCAGCGCUCCGAGGAGCGGCGCAAGUGGUUUGAGGCCACAGACAGCAGGGCCCCCGAGGUCCCCGCUGGUGAGGGGCCACGCCGAGGCCUGGGCGCCCCCCUCACCGAGGACCAGCAGAGCCGGCUCAGCGAGGAGAUCGAGAAGAAGUGGCAGGAGCUGGAGAAGCUGCCCCUGCGGGAGAACAAGCGGGUGCCGCUCACUGCCCUGCUCAACCAAAGCCGCGGGGAGCGCCACGGGCCCUCGAGUGACAGCCACGAGGCGCUGGAAAAGGAGGUGCAGUCUCUUCGGGCACAGCUGGAGGCAUGGCGUCUCCGAGGGGAGGCUCCUCAGAACGCACCUAGAUCCCUGGAGGACGGCCACACCCCGCCAGGCUACAUCUCCCAGGAGGCGUGCGAGCGCAGCCUGGCAGAGAUGGAGUCCUCGCACCAGCAGGUGAUGGAGGAGCUGCAGCGGCACCACGAGCGGGAGCUGCAGCGGCUGCAGCAGGAGAAGGAGUGGCUCCUGGCCGAGGAGACGGCGGCCACCGCCUCAGCCAUUGAAGCCAUGAAGAAGGCCUACCAGGAAGAGCUGAGCCGGGAGUUGAGCAAAACACGGAGCCUCCAGCAGGGCCCAGAUGGCCUCCGGAAGCAGCACCAGUCAGAUGUGGAGGCGCUGAAGCGGGAGCUGCAGGUGCUAUCGGAGCAGUACUCCCAGAAGUGCCUGGAGAUCGGGGCCCUGACGCGGCAGGCUGAGGAGCGUGAGCACACGCUGCGGCGCUGCCAGCAGGAGGGCCAGGAGCUGCUACGCCACAACCAGGAGCUGCAUGCCCGCCUGUCAGAGGAGAUCGACCGGCUGCGCAGCUUCAUCGCUUCCCAGGGCAACGGCUGUGGGCGCAGCAACGAGCGGAGCUCCUGCGAACUGGAGGUGCUGCUGCGAGUGAAGGAGAAUGAGCUUCAGUACCUGAAAAAGGAGGUGCAGUGCCUCCGGGAUGAGCUGCAGACCAUGCAGAAGGAUAAGCGCUUUGCCUCGGGAAAGUACCAGGAUGUCUACGUGGAGCUGAACCACAUCAAGACUCGAUCGGAGCGGGAGAUCGAGCAGCUGAAGGAGCACCUGCGCCUCGCCAUGGCCGCCCUGCAAGAGAAGCAGUCGGUGCGCAACAGCCUGGCUGAGUAGAGGUCCUCGUGGUCCGCCCAGCUGCACGCCCUCCAGCGCGAGAGGCCCGGCACCCUCCUUCCCUGCGGGAUGGACAUCAGAAGCCAAGCUUUCCCCACCCUCUGUGGGCCACACGUUCACUCACACCCACCACACACACACACACACACACACGUAUGUACACACACACACACACACACACUCUGCAUAUCUGAGCGCGCCCCUCGCACUGGGUCUUACCUUGCACCUUCUUCAGGAUUUUAUAUGUGAAGAGAUUUUUAUAUAGAUUUUUUUCCUUUUUUUUCCCAAAACACUUUAUACUUUUAAAAAAAAAGCAAUUCCUGGUGGCCAUGUGCCUCCAACCCUGGCUCCCGCUCUGUCUCCAGCCACCUUCUGCUUGGACUUCGGGGCUGGUGGCCUGUCCCCAAGGGUCUGGCAGGGGCCCAGGCAGCGGCCACGGUGGUUUGUCUCUGGUGGGGAGAGGCAGGGAGCCAGGCACCCUCUUCCUACCCUACCUCCUACUAACACUUCCACCCUGAAUGGACUCAUACCCUGGGACUCUGGACAGAGGGACAGAUGGACAGAGGGAGCCAGCAGCUGUACCCAUGGCCCCACCUCUGAGGAGGGUGUGCUGGGCAUGGAACUCCUGGAGCCACCCGUGAAGGCACUUCUCUCCUGUCCCAUGAACCUUCUUAACUUAAUAAAAUGUUCCAGCAGC